GCGUGGACGCGUCCUGCCCUGAGCGCACAGUGCGCGUACAGCAGGCGCAACAGACGGCAGUGUGCGCAGCGCAACUCUAAAACUAAAAAAAUGGGGCUUGAAAAGGAAAAAAUGGAGACCAGUGUCAUUAUGGAUGAGGAGGAAUUCAAUAGAUCGAUUGAACCGAUACUUGGAAAAAAACCGCCCGUGUAUUCAGAGGUCCCGGACAGAGAUCCUAAAGAUAUUAACGCUCAUCUAAAGGUUGGUUUUGAAGACAUCAUUGCUGAGCCGAUCUCCACACACAGCUUUGACAAAGUUUGGAUCGGCAGUCAUGCUGUGUUCGAGCUGGUGAAAUACAUCUUCUACCGGAUCCUCACCACGUUUCUGGCCAUUCCCAUGGCAUUCAUUGCAGGGAUUGUUUUCGGGAUCCUCAGCUGUAUACAUAUUUGGGUGGUGAUGCCAGUGAUCCAGGGCUGCAUGAUGACACUGCCCUCCAUCCACGUGAUCUGGACCAGUCUGAUGGACAUCUUUAUAGGGCCGUUGUUCUUCAGCAAAGGACGGUGCUUGUCAUCCAUCAAUGUCAAGACUGUGCAAAACUGACCAACUCUAACUCAGCAUAGAAGUGUUGCAGAAUUUCUUUGACAUGUUCUUUUGGCCUUUGGCCUUUUGGAGGAUUAUUAGCUGAAGGAUCAUUUAUCCUUGACUUCUGAAGCACAGAGAAGAGAAAGAGCUUUUCCUUCAAUUCAGUGCACAAUUGCAAUAUUCAUUCUGUUGUUUCACCACUGAUUGUCAGCCUUGUACUGGGCGUCGUCAGUGAUGACAUGCUUUUUCACUACUGUUCUGUAAGUCUAAUUAACCUUUUAUAUUAUAUAUAAUGCAAGACUUUUCAAAGAUUAUAAUGUAAUGAUUAAGAUGUUAGCCUUAAAAGAAUAGUUCACCCAAAAAUGAAUAUUUGCUGAAAAUGAAAUCACCCUCAGGCCAUUCAAGAUGUAGAUGAGUUUGUUUCUUCAUCGGAACAGAUUUGGAGAAAUUUCUUCAGUGAAAGACAAAUAAUGGACUUGUUUAUUACAAAUAAACAGCUUUUUGCUUUACAAGAUGUUAAUUGAAGGACUGAAGUUUUGUGGAUUAUUGUGAUGUUUUUAUAAGCUGUUUUGACUCUCAUUCUGAUGGCACCCAUUCACUGCAGAAGAGUCAUUGGUGAGCUAGUUUAGUAACGCUUAAUUCCUCAAAAUUUGUUCAGAAGAAGAAACUCAUCUACAUCUUCGAUUACCUGAGAGUGAGUAAAUUGUCAGCAAAUGUUAACUUAAGGAUGACCUUUAAGGAAAAGACAUUGUGCUACUACAUGAUAUAUAACAUUGCAAUAAGCGCAAGAUGUGCUUGUAAGGAAAAAAAUGAUGCAGCUACUUUCAAUAGGGCUGUAGUGUUGUGCGAUUUCUGAGUUAAUAUUUAUAUUGUUUGGAAAUGAUUUAUCAAGAAGAGUAAAUUAAAUGAUUUGAUGGGAUUUUAGUGUACAAACUAUUUAUGGUUUUUAGUUACAUUCCUAUUUUAAAGAGCAUUUCUACACAAAUAUAACACAUUUUCUUCUGUAUUAAUGACUUCUUUUCAUAAUGAUAAAAAAGCGCUCAAAUAGCGAUUAGUUUGAAUUGCUCUUUGCCAUUGAUUGUGCUUUGUUAGUGGCUCCGUGGAGUGAAUGGAAUAUUUGACUGUGCAAUGGAACAUUAGAGGCUCAGGUGCCGUUUCCUCACCCCUGUUGAAUGAUGUCAUGUAGCAAACAUGCUGAACACAGCUCAGCUUAUGGAAGACAGAACUAAAUGUCUCUCAGUUCAGCAAAUAAAAUUAUUUUUGGAAGUUAAA